AUGGAGAUUCAAGUCGCAGGCCAGGAUAUUUCGCCGGAAGAAGUGACCGCCCAGUCUGGCUGGCUCACUGCCCGAUUCCGCCGCUCGGAAUGCGGCACGGACAACGCGACCCCGACCGGUGAAUCAUCUCAAGCCACAACCUUGGCAGCCAAGCGCAUCGCCUCUACUACAACAGUGAUCAUCGCUUUUGACGGACUGGAUGUGCCUUAUCAGAACCAGGCCACCCUCCCGCACACCGUCAAGAGGGAGCCGUUCCCACUGCAGAACUCCAUCUCGAUCCAGGCAACAACGCUCAAGAUCCCGGUCUGCAUCGGCUUCACGCAGGACAUCUACCAAACAAAAACAAGCGAGAGCUGUGAGACGGUGGUAUUCACUAUCGACGUCGCGGAUGGCGCCAGGUUCGGAAAGCGACUGCGCCUGCAGUGCUGCCUGAGACGAAACUUCCUGCUCGUCUUCUGGCGGGAGCACAAGGACGCGAGCAAGGGCUGCCGCCUGGUAGCCCAGCUCAUCGGCGACCCCCGCGAGGCGGACAGGUUCACCUACCGGGUGGACGUGGCGCGCGGAUGCGCCCGGUCGCUCACCUGGAAGGACCGGCCUCGCUCGCUCCACGAGAGCGUCGAGUCGACCCUGGCCACCAGGGACUGCCUCUUCUUCGACGGCCGGCAGUUCGUGGAGGGCGGGAAGCUGAACGUCGAGUGCACCGUCUGCUCCUGCGAGGCGACGUGA